AUAUGCAAGUUUGCUUUCCUGCUUAAUUAGUAAGUUACUUAACUUUCCUGGAUUAACACUAAUAACUUCAUCAGUACAGAAGCGUGACCCUUUAAAUAUAUGUUCCUUUCCAGACAUUGCUUCCUAAUUUUAGGGGUUUCAUGUUGCUGAAAGUAUCUGAACAAUCAUGUGUGGAUAUUUUGUAGUCACAAGUAUUUGACCAUGCUCCAGGAGUGGCGUUUCACGCCCUACUUUGAGCAUCGCUGGAGCCAGCUGUCACCCUGGCUCCCUGCAGCAGCGCCAGAAUCCUUCUGGCAGGAUCACCGAAACUUCGCCUCCCGCCGACCCAGACGAAGGCAGGCAAAAUGGAUCGCCAUGAAAUCACACCAGAGACUGACAAAACCCACCAAAAUCGUCUCUCCAGCGUCACCGAGGAGGAAGAAGAACAAGAUGCAGCUUACACAAUUGUGACAGUCCUGGACAAAGUGGCCAACAUUGUGGACAGCGUGCAGGCGAGCCAGAAAAGAAUAGAGGAGAGGCACAGGGAGAUGGAAAACGCCAUCAAGACCAUACAGAUUGACAUUUUAAAGCUUUCCCAGGCUCACGGCAAUACAGGCUACACAGUGAACAAGUUACUGGAGAAAACCCACAAAGUCAGCUCCACUGUGAAGGAGGUGCGGGCACGUGUGGAGAGGCAGAGCACCAGCGUGCGGAAGGUGGAAGCCAAACAAGAGGAGAUGCUGAGGAAAAACAAAUUCCGUGUCGUAAUCUAUCAGGAGGAAACCGAGUGUCCUUCAUCUCUCUCUGUUAUCAAAGAGAGGACAGCAGGUGAAACUCUAGAGGAUGAUUUCUUCUCACCUGAUGAUCUGUCUUCUGAUGAAGAAUAUUAUAUCGAAGAAAGCAAAGCAACUCAGUUCAAAAAAUCAGGCAUGAGGCGCAUAGAUGAUAUCAAAAAGGCAUUUACAAGGGAAAAUAUCCAAAAGACAAGACAAAAUUUUGGCAAAAAGGUGAACAGGCUUCGAACUAGAAUAGUGACCCCUGAGAGGAGAGAGAGGAUCAGGCAGUCAGGAGAAAGACUGAAGCAGUCUGGGAUAAGGAUCAAGAAGACCAUUUCACAAGCUGCCCCAACGAAGGAGACUUUCAAGAUCCAUAAAAAAAAUAAAGAACGAACAGGAGCUGAAGGUCAGGAAGGGAUCCAGGAAGCCGGCAUGCACAUCACCUCUGAGCUCGCAGCAGCAGAGCCCUUCACUGAAGAAAUCUCUUACACAGAAGUGAUCACUAAGGUAAAGAAAGACAAGAAUAGCGCAACAAAAGGUGCUUCCCAGGCAACUGAAAAAGCAGUUACAAUCCCAGAAGCCAUUCUUAAGCAGGAAGGAAAAGAAGGAGGAGGUGACGAUGUCCCUUUGCUAGACUUAAAGCAAUCGGUAUAAGGAAUCAAUUAGCAAACACACCAUACUAUCCUUACUGAAUAAGAGAUAGCACAGUAGAUAUUUACUCAGCUUUAGAAUAAUGUGUGAGUUUGUGUUAUAUCACAAAACAUGUGUUGGUGGUGUUCUAUCAUUUACACGGGUGUCUGUAGUGUUGUCUUCCUGACAAAAGCCAAGCCAUGCAAACUGAAUGACGGGGCUCCCCCUCUGUCUUGCGGUGUGACAAUAGCUAUCACUAACCCCAAUGGAACUCACAUGUCAAAGGGAGGUGGAAACCUGCUGUAUUUUCAAAGACUGAUUUAGCAGUCACUUUACAGCCUAAUCACUCUCUUUAGUUGUAUGUACAACAGUAUAGAAACAUUUUCCAUUAUCUUAUGCCAACUCUUCUAAUCAGAAAACAAUAACAAAGCUAUUACUUCAUAUUAGGAAGAGAAGGAACUAUGAAAAAUGUCCAUUCAGCAAUACAAAUCUUUUCAUUCAAGGGCCCUCACUGAAACAGCAGAAGGAGGAAAUUCCUGCUUUAGCCAGGGUGUAACAAAAUGUGGCAGGAAUAAUAGGGUUUUGAGUAAAUUGUGCUCUCAGUGGAAAAAAAGGAGGUCCUGAAAUGACCAAAGAUUAUUUCCAGAGUUCUGGAAGAGGAAGGUUUAAUGUAUGUAGACAAUACAUUUUCUGCACUUAUGGAGUAAGAAUAAAAAAGCAGAUGACACAUUAAAUAUGGAAUAGCAGGAGGAGAAGAGAAUGAGGUGUUGUAUUCAUGUUAUGGAAAGACAAUUGUGAAAAAGGCAAGGGUAUGAAGCAGUAAAAGAGGAAUAAAAUUAAUGCAUAGGUUCUGGAUAAAUAGAGAAAAAUAUUAGAAAAUUGUAACUGAAGUUUCAUCAAGAUCCUUUAAAGAAUUGUUACUCUAUCCAGAGGAUCAUAGGGCUCAUGAACAUAACUGACCAGACAAGGGAAUUGUUUUCUUUUCCAUUCUCUGUGCUUUUCCUGAGCUUCACUGCGAUUAGAAUCUAUUCUGCAAAGCUGCUGAAGUACAGGCCAAUCCAUAACCCAAUUCUUUGUUUCCUAUCAUCAUCGUUAUCGACCAGCCACAGCCUCAGGGAUUAUGAGACAGACACCCUUUGGAGUAUGGAAUGCUGUUACAGGAGCCAGUGCCCUGACAUCAGCUAUGUUUGUAAACACGGCCGCUAUGCUGACACGGGGUGCAGGACUGUAUUGCUCUCUUCAUUCUUAAUCAGAGUUGCCUUCAAAGCACUUACCUAAAGCAAUGUUAGCCAUUAAUAUCUGUGUGAAACUUGUACAAUAUUGUCAAAAGCUGUAUGAUUGUAUUUAAUAUCUCAGAUUCGUUCUAACAGCAGAGCAUAACUUGGUUAUCUAUAUACAUUGUUUGAGGACUCCCAGCUAAUUGUUAAUCUAUAAUUUAAAUAUAAUGACUUUGAUUUCAAA